CUCACAUGAGCGUCGUGUCCCUUUAAACGAACCUUCCAACGACAGCGCGGAUCGUUCGCUGCGGUUGAGACCGACUGGCGGAGACCCGGGGAUGCUACCGGUGCUGCUACCAAGGCACUCGUCGAAGAAGAGCGAGACAGGACAAUGAGACGAACAUGAUCAGGGCCGAUGGCUUCUCAAAGUGCGAGGCGACGCUGCAACCGAGAGGCGGGAGGCGGCCCCCCGCAGAGAUGCUCCACCUGCUGUCGGCCGUCGUCGUCUGGCUGGUGACGGGCACCACCAUCUCCAGCCUGAACAAGUGGAUAUUCGCCGUUUACAACUUCCGGUACCCCCUGCUGCUGUCGGCGCUCCACAUGCUCACGGCCAUAGUGGUGGACUACGGGCUGAUCAGACUGCAGGUGGUUCGCCACAGAGGCGUCGGGGCGCAGGACCUGACCGCCAGUGCGAAGUGCAAGGUGUUCCUGCUGAGUCUGACUUUCUGCGCGAGCAUCGCCUUUGGGAACAUGGGUUUGAACUAUGUGCAGCUGUCCUUUGCACAAAUGAUCUACACCACGACGCCGCUCUUUACUCUGGCCAUCUCCACGCUGAUUCUGGGCAAACAGCAUCACAUCCUCAAAUACACGGCCAUGAUGCCCAUCUGCCUGGGAGCCUCCUUCAGCAUCAUGGGAGAGGUCCAGUUCGACCAGACCGGCUGCUUCUUUGUGUUCGCAGCCACCAUGUUAAGGGGUGUGAAGUCCAUUCAGCAGAGUAUCUUGCUUCAGGAGGAGAAGAUCAACUCGGUGUUCCUGCUCUACCUGAUGUCCAUUCCGAGCUUCUGCAUCCUGGCCGUGGCAGCGUUGGCCCUAGAGAACUGGGCCCUGCUGGAGUCGCCGCUGCACUACGACCGCCACCUGUGGCUCUUCAUCCUGCUCAGCUGCCUGGGUUCGGUCAUGUACAACUUGGCCAGCUGCUGCGUGAUCACGCUCACCUCUGCGGUCACGCUGCACAUCCUCGGCAACCUGAGCGUGGUGGGCAACCUGCUCUUGUCCCAGCUGCUGUUCGGCAGCGAGCUGUCGGCCCUCAGCUGCGCCGGCGCGGUGCUGACGCUGUCCGGCAUGCUCAUCUAUCAGAACUCUGAAUUCAUCGUCAGCUACUUGGACGCACGCAGGGCCAAAGCUGAAGACUCGGAGCAAGUGGACUGUCACAGAGCGUGUGGGGAGGACCUGGACGAAGCCAGUGCAUCUGAAGCGACGUAUGAGCAGAGAAGACAUGAAAAGCAGGACGACAAAACAGACUAAGCAGGGAGGAGGAAGAGAGUAAAAACAUUAAGGCUUGAUAGUUCACGACCUCACAGAUGAUGUUACAGAUGCUUUUUUAUUUAGUUAUUUUUUUAACUCCCUCACUGUGCCAAUGUAUUUCUCCUCUGGUCACAGGACCUGAAGUCUGCACAGAGGAAAAGCCUUUGUUUUGCAGUGACGGUUAAAGUCUUUCCUUAGUCUGUAACUAACUCAUACAUAGCCUAUAGAGGUAUAUGCAUGCAUGAGCGCACUAAACAGUUCAAUACCUCAUGGGGUAUUCACACUGUCACUCCUCCACUGUGAAGCUGUUCUCAUUUGCAGAGGGCUCUAAUCAAUGUUUUGAGCGGCUGUCGUGGGUUUCGUCAGCUUGUGAAACAUUGAGGCCUAAGAGAGGAUUCCUGCUCCUUCUCUGAAGGGCCCUCGUUUGUGUUAAAUACACAGUCAUGUUACCUGACAUCCACCUGUUCCUGUUUUAACAAGGGACUGGGGUUUUUGGCAGCUUUUAUUGUUUGUAUGUGUUGUGGAUAGCUUGUUAAAGGCGCUGCAGUUGUUGUGGGCUCAAACCUGUGGACGGGGGGACAAAGCCAACGAUUCUGUACAAAGAGAGGCCUCCUCUCUACUGAAGCACAUUUUUGUUACGAGGCCUGAGCGCCCUGUUUUGUCCUUCCCAAUCAACCUCUGAGUGGCUUCCACUGGAGGCCUAGAUUUUAAAGUCGGUCUUUUAUUUCCAUCUGUUACAACACUGACUGCAGUAUACCUCAGUAAUUAGGUUCACAUGAUCCCUAAGGAGUGUCACUCCACUUUAGCUGUCUUGUCCCUGAAGAAAAGACAAGUGAAGCAGAAGAAGAUUAAAACGUACUUUAAUGUUCCGUCUUUUUCGCGCGGCAGCACGGUGGUUCUGUCGGCCAGGUGUCCUUCUGUUGUAGCCCAGAGACAUGCAGUUUGGCUGAGUGGGGACUUUAAAUUGCCUUCAGGUGUAAAUGUGAGUCUGAAUCGUUGUCUGUCUCUGUCUGCUGGUGUCUCUCCCAGUGACAGCUGUGAUUGGCUCCUGCCGCCCCAAGAGAAACAGCUAAUUAACGCAUGGAAGUAAAUGACAAAAGAACAUUUGACACAUCCUCUGCUGGACAGUGUUAUCUUUUCCCUCAGUGUUAGAAAAGCAUUUAAUAAGAUUUAUUUUGUUACAAAUAUUCCCCUUUUAAUAUUUAUGUCUAAGGAAAUAUGUAUUUUUGAAUGAUCAUAGUAAUCACUGGCUUUGUUACACUGUAUCUCCUGUGUUUUGCACAUGUGCUAUUAUCACCCGUCUCUCUCUCUCUCCAGAGUGAAGUCAGGUGUACUAGCAGGCGACUGCAUGCUGCUCAUCGCAUCCUAACUGAUCUUUGGUAUUUGUUAGACGUCUUUCCAAAUGUCUGGUAUAACAAAUGUCUACUGGAGCUGUUUGUUUUACUGGUUCUGUCAGUGGCCACAUACAGUUUGAGCUCUCACACUACAACAAAGCCAUACAUGAGGUUUUUGUCUUACACCCACCUUCUCGUCUGCAAACAGGGUUGAACAUUGAAAUACUGUACUUGAUAUGUCAUGGAUUUUUAUUGCGAGGAUGACAUUUGUAGAGUUACAAUAAUGCAAAAUAAGCUUUCCAUAAAUCCACAGUUUAAAAUGGUGCAAAAAUAUAUCAAAGUUUUGAUAAAAUGUGUUUGACAUUUUCAAUGGUUCUGCAUUAUUGAAUACCUCAAACGCUGGGUUGAUUUUUGCCCUUGUGUUCAUUGAUUAAUGGCAUCAAGCAGCUUUUUAACACCGACAAUAAAUCUGCAGCAUGUGAUUUAUGAAGAUUGAGAUAUUUUAAAAACACAUUUCAACAUGUUCUUUUGUUGUGCUAAGACGACAAUAACCUCAGCUUAUGUUUUUUUUUACUCCGUUAAACCCAUGAUUUGUUGAGAGUGAGAGUCAAAGUUUCACUGACAUGGUUCGAAGUUGCGGCCUUCAAAGCCUGAGGUUCCUGUGUAUAUAAUGGUUUAGAUUGUUUCACAGCAGGUUAUAUGUAAAUGGGUAUUUUAUUAUAUUUAUAUAUUUUAUUGACAUUUUUGGCUGGUUGUGAUUAUUUUGAUUUAGGAAUGAAACAUUAGCCUCAUGCCUUAUUUAGACAUACUUUAGAAAAGGAGCAACUGAUUUGUCAUGUCAUAAAAUAUUUUUUUUGAAUGCCAACAAUGGCCAGAGAUGCUGUUGAGGAAGAACGCUAUGGUGGGUUCAUACACAUGAUUUGCCACAGCUUGAAUAAAAUAAUCUGACUGGUAACCAGUAA